ACUUUAGUUAAGUUUUGGAUUUGCUGCCGUAAUGCAACUAGCAGUCGCAAUUGUUUGUCUAUUGUUGGCAGCAUGUGGCGCCGCCAAUGCAGCCACAGCACAGGAUGCCAAGUGUGGCAGCAUAAACGAGGAGCAGCUGCUGAAGCAGAACACAUUUGCGGUGCCCACAGAGCAUCAGUGGCUGGCACGCAUCACCUAUGCGAAUGGACAUGAGACCAAACUGCCUAAUGAUGGCUGCCUGGGCGCGCUUGUGUCCAAGCGCAAUGUUAUAGCGCCCGCCCACUGCUUUGUGCAGUACGAUGGGCGUGCCGACGCCUACUCGGUGCAGCUGGGCGUAUGGAACAAGAGCUCGAAUGCGCAUGAGGUGAGCUGCGACAAGGACGGCUACUGCGUGCUCCCAGCGCAGGAUAUACCGCUGGCUGAGAUUGCAGUGCAUCCGGAGUACGAUCCGCUUACGCUAAAGCACAGUUUGGCGGUGCUAACGCUGCAGCGGGAUGCCAAGCUCACACCCAAUGUGCUGCCCGUUUGCAUGCCGCCGCCAGCGCUGGCCAAUGCAACGCUAGUGGGUCAACUGUUCGUCGUGGCGGGCUUGCCCAUCAAAAGCGUGCUGAAGCACAAAACCUGGGUGAACACCAUAAGUCGUCCUUAUUGCCAGAAGGAGCACAGCGCGCUGGUGGCCAGCAGCAGCGCAGUCUGCGGCUAUCAGGAUCGACUGGAGACUUAUUAUUUGGGUGCACCACUGGUGGGCAUACAAGUGUCUGCAGCGGAUGUGCCACAGAACUUUUAUCUGGUGGGUUUGCUGCUCGACUCCAGGCGCGUGGACAAAAAGGAGCGCAUUGUGGCCAGCUUUUUGGACAUACGUCCUUAUUUGUCGUUUAUACAGCGCAAUGCUGAAUUUUUAAUUGUCAAAGACUAAGCAACAAAUAAAAAAUAGCAACAGCUGUUAGCAGCUACACCAAUGGGCUUAAUUAUUUACUAGGCUCAUGCGCUUUGGGGCUCGUUGCUUAUGCAAAUCAUUUAGGCAUACACUGCGCAAAAAAGUUGUGUAAGUUUAGCGCUAGGCAGUCAUUGUUAGUUGUUUAAGAGAAAAUAUAUAAAAGAGCAAAAUAUAAAUAUCCAUUU